AUGCCGGCCGACCACCACCAGGUGAACAUGGGCUUGAAGCUGUUUCCUCCCCCGCCCAGGGACAAGACGAAUGCGAACCCGUCGAGGAAACCAAGUCUGCGUCACCAGCAGGAAUCGACCAUCGCUGUCGCUCCUGCUAUGGCGACAUCGGGAAUGGAUGCUCGACCAUCAGCCUUGGGAGUGGAAACGAUGUCGACGGCAACGGCUGCUCCGAAUGGCAAUGCGAAUGCUCAUGGCAAUAUCAAUGGCAGACAGACUCCGCAACAUGACUCAGCCCCUCCCAUCACGACUCCUCCUCCAGCACAUCUCAUUGGGGAAAUCCCUCGCUCACAUACCUCGUUCUCUGAGGCUCCGACGCUGGUGCGGAGCAAUAGUAACGCCUCGAGCAAUUCCAAGACGGCCAGUAGGUCUCCUCAGAGGGGAGAGCCGGCCAUCAUGCGCUCCAUAUUUCCCAGAUACAAUCCUCAUAUCGCAUUGGAACAUCAAGCAUACUUCCCUACGCAGAAAAGCCCGACACACAUCCUACCGACCAACAUUAACAGGAGACCCUACUCCCCUAGUCUCAGCGAGGAACGGAGCAUCACAAGUCUGCAGAGCCCGAGGCCUAUUGGCUUGCCGAAUCAAGCUCCGGGUCGAUUCCCGCGAGGGGUGCAAGAUGAGACGAUCUUGGAGACAUCGUCUAACGGCGAGCUGAAGGAGUUGUGGAAAGUGGUCAAUGGAUGGCGAGUGUCAUCUUCAGAGGGACGGAGGUUCUGUCUGAAGAUGACGAGCGACCCCGAGGAGCCGACCCACACGCUUUCGUCCACUACGCAACCGUUUUAUACACUCCGUCUCGUGCCAACAUCGACUUCUGCCCAGAUGACGAUGCUGCGACAUGACCCGAAUAAACCUCCUAUAGGGGCUGGCUCGCCUAAACUCGCUUCGUCGAAAAUUAAGCCUGUCAUGAGCACCACCCUCGAGGAGACGGCUCGACGUCUGCCUCCAAACGAUGGUUUGGUGGCUCUCCUCUAUCCCCGGGCUGCGUCAGACAUGGUCAUAGAGCUCGCCAAUAAGCCAAACCGAGCUGACAGCGAACAAGUCAUCGCCGCAGCAGAACGCGAGUGUGGUCGUCUGGUGUGGGACGAAGACAGUGGGAAAUACUAUCUCGUGCACCCGGCCAUCUCGACACCAUUUGUUGUAUCGAUCCAUUCCUCGCCCGCCUGGUCCCGCGUCGAGUACACCCUGGAGCAUGCCGAGCUACCACACGACAUCGUCCGUCUUGUCCGUGAUGGGUCUGGAUCCGGAUUCUUGGAGAUUGAUACAGCGGUCGCUGCUCGGAUAGACUGUUUCUAUGUCGUCGAUGUUGUAAUUUGCGCGAUAAUGCUCGUGGGGGUAAUGGAAGAGAAGAAGAGUAAUGUCGAGAGAUUCGAGGCGCCUUCGAUUGCACCAAUGUCGUCGCCCAGUAGGCAUUCGCUUUCCUGGCCGGUGAAGGGGAUGAAAGAUAAGGAAAAGAAGGGCAAGAGAGAGGUUAAGAUGGAAGAGUUUGAGCUGGAUCUCGAGAGCCAGGAUAGCGUGAAAGCGAAGAAAGAGAAGAAGCAAAAGGAGAAGGUUCCUGGCUGUUUGGGCUUGAUUUGGAUGCUCAUCAAGUUUUUGGUAUGGAUGACAACGAUGAGUGUAAAGGCACUCGCCAAGAUCAUAAUUUUCAUCAGCAGGUGUCUGACAAAGAGUGAAAAAUCAGCUGUAUGA